CACGAGUACGAGUAGCUGUCUCGAGUGACCCCUCGUCGAUUGAGAGUUUGCGACUCGGGACCUUGUGCAAACAGACCGGAGUCAACAGGAGUCGACAUGAUUUCGGGAAUCCUCAUCUUCAACCAAAAGGGCGAGAACCUCAUCUUUCGCGCCUUCCGCAACGACUGCCGCCCUCGUCUCGCCGACGUCUUCCGCAUCCAGGUCAUCUCCAACCCGCUGGUUCGCUCGCCCAUCUUGACUCUGGGCUCCACCACGUUCAGCCAUGUCAAGCAUGAGAACAUCUUCAUCGUUGCCGUCACAAAGGGCAACGCCAAUGCUGCCCUGGUCUUCGAGUUUCUAUACCGCUUGAUCCAGCUGGGGCGCUCCUAUUUCGCCAAGUUCGACGAGGAGGCCGUCAAGAACAACUUUGUCCUGAUUUACGAACUGCUCGAUGAAAUUCUCGACUUUGGCUACCCUCAAAACACCGACACCGACACGCUCAAGAUGUACAUCACCACCGAAGGUGUCAAAUCAGAGAGGAACCUCGUCGAGGACUCGUCCAAGAUUACCAUGCAGGCCACCGGUGCCAUGUCUUGGAGGCGUGACAAUAUCAAGUACCGCAAGAACGAAGCCUUUGUCGACGUUAUCGAAGACGUCAACCUCCUCAUGUCCGCGAACGGUACCGUCCUGCGUGCUGAUGUCAACGGCCAAAUCGAAAUGCGCGCCUACCUCUCCGGCACUCCCGAGUGCAAGUUUGGCCUCAACGACCGUCUGACCCUGGGCGAAGAAGCCCUAGCCUCGCCCUCUGGAAACAUGGCUGGCACCAAAGCUACCAAAGCUGCUGCUGGCAGUGUUACUCUCGAGGACUGUCAGUUCCAUCAGUGUGUGCGUCUGGGCAAGUUCGACACGGACAGGACAAUCUCCUUCAUUCCUCCGGACGGCAGCUUCGAGCUCAUGCGCUAUCGUGCCACCGAAAACAUCAACCUGCCCUUCAAGGUCCACGCCAUAGUCAACGAGAUUGGCAAGACCAAGGUUGAAUACAGCAUUGCAAUCAAGGCAAACUAUGGUUCUAAGCUCUUUGCGACGAACGUUGUCAUUCGCAUACCGACUCCUCUCAAUACUGCUUCCAUAACCGAGCGCACGUCUCAAGGCAAGGCAAAGUACGAACCUGAACACAACAACAUCGUUUGGAAGAUUGCUCGCUUUACUGGUGGUUCCGAGUAUGUGCUCAGCGCCGAAGCUCAGCUUACUUCCAUGACCAACCAAAAGGCUUGGAGUAGACCGCCGUUGAGCUUGAACUUCUCCCUGCUCAUGUUCACGAGUUCUGGUUUGUUGGUCAGAUACCUCAAGGUGUUUGAGAAGAGUCAGUACAGCAGUGUCAAGUGGGUGCGGUACAUGACGAGGGCGGGUAGUUAUGAGAUACGUUUCUGAUCGUUGCACAUUUGCAAUUCCUUGGUCUACAGCAUGGCGUCUUUUCCCGUAAGCAAAAAAGCAUUUUGCCAGGCAGGGGUUCAACGGCGUUUGUUUCUUAUUCUUGUUUCUCGUUUAUCAAACGUCUUCUGAGAUACCCGCGUGACCAGAGGCCAUUUAUUGCUCUUCUAUUUUGGUCC